AUGCCACCACCACUGCAGCAUCGUCUGGCCCUUAAAAAAAUUUUACAGGAUCGAACAUUUGUUACUCAAAUGGACCAGAAAUUAAUUGAUACAAAGUCUAAUAGAACUUCAAGAAAGGAGGAAAUUACUCUUGGGAAACGUUUAGAGAUUCUCCAAAAGUUAGACAAUGGUGCAAAUCUUCGUGAGCUUGCUGCUGAGUAUGGUAUUAAUAAAAGGACCAUGCAAAGGUAUAGAAAAAAUGCAGCAUCAAUUCGGAAACUUUCAGAAAGUUCCAUAGAUAUGGGUAUGAAAAGAAGAAGAGCAUCGCUGCACGAGGAUGUAAGUACUCGGUUACAUGCAUGGAUUAUAGAGAGGCGAGCGUCGGGAGAGACUCUAACUGAUAGUAUGCUGCAAGAGAAAGCAAAGCAAUUACACGAAGAAAUUGGAGGUUCAUCGUAUUUUGCAGCAAGUCGCGGCUGGCUGUGGCGUUUUAAAAAGAGAUAUAACUUGCGUUCUGUAGGUAUCCAUAAAGAGAAACCAGAUGAAAAUGAGUUAGCUGUAGAUAAAUUUGCAAAGGAAUUAACAGAAUUAUUAGCUAAGGAAAAUAUUGACGAAGAUAAUAUAUAUAAUAUGGAAGAAACGCGUCUAAUGUGGAAAAUUCUUCCUCAAAAGAUAUUGGAGCACGACGAAGAACAACUGAAAGAGAAGAAGAAAGAUCACAUUACCAUAGCGUUUUGUGCGAAUGCCACUGGGACGUGUAAACUGCCAUUGCUUAUAGUCAAUAAGUAUCCCAACCCACGAGCUUUAAAACAUUGCAGACAUCUUCUGCCAGUAAUCUAUAAAAGCGAGAAUAAUACUGAAUUGGAUGAAACUAUUUUUAGGGAUUGGUAUAUCAAUCAUUUUAAACCCAGCGUGAGGCAGCAUCUGCAGCAAAAACAGGGAGAGAAAAAGGUGCUAUUACUAGUUGACAAUUUUAGAAGAAAUAUGCUUCCUAAAGAAGCACAAAACGAUUCUCAUUUUAAACUAAUAUUUCUACCGUCCUAUGCGUCUUCGGCCAUUCAGUCUCUGGAGCAGGGCAUAAUUGAAAAAUUUAAAAAAUUGUUUCGAUAUAAGUUACUAAAUCGGGUGGCCAAGUUUGACGGUGGAGUUAGACAAUUCUAUGCGGAUUACGACAUAAAAGAUUGCAUUGAUUUGAUCAACGAAUCAUGGAACGAAAUAACAGUAACAAACAUUAAAACUUCGUGGAACAAACUUUUGAAUAGAUCACCUUUAGAUGAGAAUAUUGAACAGGAUCUGAAAAUCAAAAUGGAAGAAAUUUCUUCCACAGAAAUAGCAGAAUGGAUCUCAGAAUGUGAAGAAGCUGAAGCAAGCAUUGAAGAGACUACAGAACAGAAAGAAGAAAUUAAUGCACAACCCUGUUGUCGAAUAGAAGAGGAGGAAAUUUACCGCAUGUUUCAUAAUUUGACAAAUUGGGCUGAAACAGAACCUGAAUUUGUCAAAUUCACAUUAAAUGUAGCAUGA